AUCAUCGUUGGUUGAAUUUUGUUACCGGAUUAAUCGUUAAACAUUAAUAACAGAUGAAAUAGGGGAUGAUUGGAUGAGAGUGAGGUGCAGGAUCUGCACCGGUGCAGCAGCUCUGGCAGGGGUGGAGGAGUCGCGACGACUGAGCGCGUCGUCGUCGUUGUCUGGCCGUGCUAGAAGCCAGUCGCGUCGCGUGCCCCGCACAGUGUGGAUGUAAACGCGGUGUUUGUUGUUCUGGCGCUUGUCCCACGUGCUCCAGUGGCUAGAGGUGGUUCAGCAGUAGUGGUGCAUCACGACAGAAGAAGGAUUACGUUGAUGAUGAUGAUGAUCAUCGAUGCGACGGUGAUGAUGCCCACGACGACGUCUCCGGUGCAGCGACAGCGAUCGCAACUGAAACAACAACAACAACAUUGCGAGCCGAUCGGUCGUUCGAACUGAAUCGCAAUCAUCGCGAUCAUCCCCCCACCGUGCGUGUGUCGCGCUUAGUGCGUGUAUGUAUACGAAGUGUACGUGUGUACGUACGGUACGUACGUGUGGUUGUGAUCAUUCUUGAAAAGCGCCAGUGUUGCCGACGGCCGGCGGAACCGCACGAACGGCUCGCAGCGCUCCGUAUCAUGACGUCAUAUAAUUAGAGUAAAUACAAAGUAGAGAGGAUGGUGUUAGCGUGUUGUGGUGUGUUAUGCAGUGCUGUGUAUUUUAUUAAUAUCAAUUUAUAUAUAUGUGAAUUUAUAUAUAUAUAAUUAUAUAGAUGUGCUGUGCAUACAGGAUAACAACAAAACGGCAACAACGAGAAAAUAAAACUACUACUAUCACUGCCACCACAACAACAACAAUAACAACAACAACAAACAGGACGGAUAAGUUUGAGUUGAGGAGUAACAAGAGGAGGACGACGACGACGACAACAACAACGCAGGAAUAUGGGCGAGAAACGUAAUGGUGGUAAUUUCGUGAAUCGGAUUCAUUACUAUUAUUAUCACUUGCUGUUUGGAAUAAAUUCAGCAACAUAAAAUAUAUAUAAAUAAUAUAUACAUAAUAUAUAUAUUUUUUUAUAUAUAUUUAUAUUUAUAUUCGUCGGAGCCUACUACAGUUUUGUGUGGAUGGAGAGGAUAGCAGCGAGCGCUCCGCGCACCAUGGACAACGGCAGUGUGCAGCUGAUAGGAGGCCCGUGCGGACAGCACGGCCCUUACACCUUCUACAAGGCCUUCAAGUACACGAAGAACGGCCAGAGACACAUAAUGACACUGAGUGAAUUCUUUUUCGUGAAGCUGUGGAUGGACUCGGAUCUGGUGUGCAUCGGUGAGCUGCAGCUGCUCUGGGCGGAUAAGAAUAGUGAGCAAGUGCUGGCCAGUUUGAGGCUAUACUUUUUGCCGGAGAACACGCCCGAAGGAAGGAUGGAUCAUGGCGAGGAUGAAGUGUUGGCCAUAUCGGAGAAGGUUGUGCUCAAAGUCGAAGAUCUCAUUACCUGGAUAACUUUAGAUGCGGAGUGGAAUUGGGGGCGGCAGGCAAAGUACAUAGAUCCGCCAAACUCUAACCAGGAUUCGUUCGUGCCGUUGGCACCGCAUCCCAUCAGGCUCACGGAGACCGCGCUGGACUUUACGGACGUCGAAAAGGAGCGAAAACUAUUAG